GUUCACUUGUCCAUCUUACCAAAAAUAAAGCACUACAUACUACUCGGGACUAUUCGAAACCCGAAACUGUAGCACGGACCAUAGAAUAAUAUUUGGUCUAGUAUUAAUCAAACAACCGACCAUACAAGAGUGAUUUGUUGAUAUAAGUUCGUAACAGUAACUGACACUUCAUAAAAUCAUAAGCACGUUUAAAAGAGGUGUAUUUUGAUGACCAAAACCAUUUGAGUAGUGGAAGCGUAGCCAAUAGGAUGAAGCUUAUAAGUGCAUUAAUAAUCGUUCUGCUGCAUGCGUUUUUUGUAGAAAAUAAGAUUCUAGCGGAGUACCAACUGACGAUGGACUCUCAGCAAUCAUCAGAAGAAGAAUCACCUGAAUACAUAUUAAAACUUCGUAAACCUCAAAAGAGAGAACAAGAUAGUUCUGAUGAAGACGGAAGUAGAGACACGCUAGUUGUAGAUGACCAAGUACGAUUUAACAACAUUUUUGAUGAUAAAGAGAGGCCUUGCGCUGUGAUGGUGCUUUCCAGUAGACAGAGUCCUAUGAUGCAGUCUCUACUGCGAAAAUAUCGCUACGAUCACAAUGGUGUAUUAAUCCCCAAGAGCGUCAAGUAUUUCCUGAAAACGCUUCGAGGAUCAGAGGAGCCCAGAGUAAUACAGCUUAAUGAUAAAGCCUUUUCUCCAGUUGGUGGAUAUGUCAGAUACUACAAGGAAGUACCGCCAAUUCCACAAUAUUUGUAAACUACAAUUGAAUAACUACGGCCAUGCCAUGUCGGCCAUGCAAUAAUAGAUAUUCUGGGUUAGAUAAAACGAAAACUUCUCUAGCAUCGAAUUCAUUACAUUAU